AAGCACUUUUUAAUCAUAACAUUCUUGGUCUGGUUCUCUUAUGAAAGAUGAUUGGGCAUAUUUUCGUAUUUUUUUUUGUAAUGAUUGCCUGCCAUGCAGCAGAAGACGCAUCUCAAUGUACACGAACUGUUUUCCGGAAAUUGAGAAAAAACGGUGAGGCUCUAGCAGAAAAAGAUGUCAUUUCAAGUCAUGUCACUCGCAAUCUAAUGGAAUGUUCUAUGAUAUGUGGUUCAAUGCAGGAAUGUGUUGGCUUUAACUACCUUGACAAUGUACAAGAAUAUUUGAUUAACUGUCAAACCAGCAACAAGACAAUAAGUAAUGUCUCAAAAAUUGUAUCUUCCGAAGGAAAUUGGAUUUUUUAUCAAACUAUAAAAGAUCCUGCAGAAAAUGAAAAUAAUUGGAUAGUUCUAAACGACACAAGUAUUCUAAAAGAUAAAAAUGAUUGGAUACUACAACUCAAACAAUGGCUUCCUUCGACAUUGAAUGGCAAAAAGGCGGUCCAUUGUUACCAGGCAACAGCAAAUGGAUGGGAGGUUAGCACAUUUCAAAGUCGUUGUUACUCUAAAGGACCCACAUUGGUUGUUGUAAAAGUGGGGACUUUUGUCUUUGGGGGAUUUGCUUCAGAAUCUUGGGAAGGAAAUGGUCGAUACAUAAAGGCAGAAAGAUCGUUUAUUUUUUCUUUAAAAAACAAGGAUAAUCUACCACCAUUUAAAUCCGAAGUUGUACGUCCAGAUUAUGCAAUGUACGUGCAAAAUGACUAUGGACCAGCAUUUGGAUCGAAUCAUGAUUUCGUCAUCCGUGACAAUGCCAACUCUAAUUCUUAUUCAAACACAGAUUACUUUGGAGAUUCCUACAAGCUUCCAAAUGGUUACACUUACGGCAACUCCAAUACACAAAACUUGCUAGCAGGUACCCCUAACUUCACACCAGAUGAAGUGGAGGUGUUUUAUUUUUCUUCAUAAAGAAACUAAACAAGAAAGAAUAAAUCGCAUGAAGACAAAUAGAAUUUUCUGAAUUUUCAACUUUAUGAGAGCAAAUUAAAAGUAGUUUUUUGAUUAUGGAAGUAGCAUACUGUGUAAAAUAUUUUGUGUAGCAAUUUUAAUGUAAUAUCAAGUAAAUUUGAACGUGAAAUUAUGGAUUAUUUAGAGUUUAAUAUUUUGCAACCUCAGCAUCGUAGGUGCAUGCAUUCCAGUGCUUCCCCAGUCAAAACACCAUGAUUGUGAGGCCUGUUUUUUUGGAAUGUUUCUUUGCAUGUAAAUUGUCUGGCGUUCAUGGAAAUUGUAAUCAUUGCAAAAUUGUAAUAUACCCACCUAUAAAGCAAGUUCUUCUCCUAAAUAUAAUGCAGGAGGAUUUAUUGUUGUAUUAAAAAAUAUUUAGUACUAUUGGACUCAUUUUGAUGUUCUUCACGUUCCUGCAAAGCUAGGUUUGUUUGAUUGAUCAUAUUCUUUUUAUUAGUUUUAUAACUAUUUCAUUUUGUUAAAAUCACAAAAACUAGAGUGAAAACAACGACAUAAUAAAGGACGAUACAUUGAAGCCAAUUA